CACAACUGCUUUGUUCCGGACUGUUGGAACGGGUCAUUCGAUUGCUAGGUGCUUGCAAAACUGGAAACGAGGAAAAUGAGCGACACGAUGAGCACGACCACAUUGAUCCAAGGACUUCCCAUGAAGUUUCCCAAUAUCUCGAAAUAUUUCCUGCUGGUUUUUAACUGCGCUGGAAUGCUGUUAGCAGGAACUUCAGCUUUCCUCGGCCUCUUCACCUACUCGGAGCGGUUCACAACACCUACCAAGGAUGCCAUGUUCGGCGAUACACUCCUUGGCCAUAUUGUGGUGAACUUCGAGCUUGGUUUGCUGGUGGUGGGGGUUUUGCUCUUCGUCAUGUUCGCCCUGGGUUACGUGGCAGCAGUGCACGUGGAUGCAAAACUCCUGUGGAUCCACACGGCGUGUAUGGCUUCGCUCGCGGCCGUAGCUUUCGUGCUGUCGCUGACGGUUGCGUUGGUACCUUUCAUUGCGAGCCCAAUCUUACACAGUUGUGGCGUGUCGCAGAGAAAAGUAGACAGGCAGACAGCAAGGAGGCAACAGAAUGAGACUGCACUCGACUCGCUAAGAAGUCGAGCCCGUGAGCGCAGUCUCAUGCACACUACAUCAUGCCCCUUAUCGUGGGUUGUCAAAAUUGUGGUUCCGGGUACUCACUAUAGUAAUAGACAAAUGGAAAACGAUGUGGCGGCCGGUGGCCUCACGUUGGGACGGUGCCGGUUCAUGAGUGCCGAUGUGCUGCACUAUUACGGCACAAGUUCGGACUGGGACAACCUGUUGAACGCCGUCCAGACCAAACUAGAGUGCUGCGGCAUUGGUCCUGCAGGUUACCGGGACUGGGGAAACAACGCACGCUUCCUAUGCUCAGUCAACAAUCCAAGUGUGACGCGAUGUGCCGUACCGGCUUCGUGCUGUCGGAAGGAGAUGGAAAGGGUUCACGAUUCCUGUGGCAAGGGCGCACAGAAUGCGACGGAUGACUGGAUAAAUAUGCACGUCUACAAACGAGGCUGCAUGUCUGCAUUAGUUGACGUCAUCCGGGAUCGUGUGCUGGUCAUUGGAUGCCUGUGUAUCCUUGUUACGCUUGCGUUCAGCAUUGUGGCCACGACAGCCAGAGCUAUGAGCAAACUAGAGGAACGGAAAGCAGCCAUGGGAGAACAAGAGGGUAACCAAGACUCCAUGGACAGCAGAAGCGUUCGCUCCUUGAAGACAGGAGAGAAGCAAGUUGCUGGGAGUGUUUACGAUUCUCAACAUUUUCCGCGUACCAUGCUACGUGGCAAGCAGGACAGCGCCGAUGUGUUCCCACUCGCCACUGAUGACUUCGACGACCAAGGGUGUACUUCUUGGAACGAUUACUACGAACAAGAAAUGCCCGUCUACUAUAUUCCCAUAGGAAAACUGUUGCAGACAGAACCAAACCAGGGAUACGCACAGAGGCGGGUAAAUUUCGACCCUGAGCUGGUGAAGGGGCAGCCAGAAACAUCCACGGGGCCGGUCGUACACUACGAUGCGAUGCCCAACGACCCCUGUAGGAAUAUUUUGCCUUAGAAAAUAAAGCACCAGAUGCGGAUCUUUCCGAAAAGCA